AUGCUCGUCCCGAAGCCAAUUCAGUCGAUUGGAGAAGCAAGCACUCCUGGUUCCGUUGUGCUGCUGCAUCUAGCGGUGUCCUUGCCUCCACGAUCGCUCUCUACCACAGACUUCGAGCUGCAGUCACGGAUGCCCGACGUAGAGCAGCUCCUUCUCGAUCUCCACGUUCUUGUUCUGACCCCUUCGAAGCUGGUCAUGGUCUUCCCGAAUCCAACCAUGAACGUGGGCUAUAUGGCACGUUCGGCGUUGCGGAUGGAGUACGCCUGUUGCUCGGCAAUUGCUCUGGUCGGCACUGCCUUCGCCUGGCAACCUAUCGCUCACCGUGGUGUCUUCCACGAUGUUGAUGACAGCCAGGCCAACGCCGAGAACAGUAUCGGUGCCCUCUACCGCGCUGGCGACCUCGGCUUGCCCGGUGUGGAACUCGAUCUCCGUCUCAGCUCGGACGGUGUCGUCAUGGUCACUCACGACGUGCUCACCAACCGCGCCACCACCGUCGACAACUACGGAGGCAAGCUGAACUCGGUCGACGUCGCUCUCGGAAGGCAGCCAGCUGUUGCUGGUAUCAACAUCAACUCGCGAACCGGUAGUCAGUGGAACGACACGCCACUCAAGAUCUACGGUCGCAACGCCCAGCUCGUCACGGACGGCUCGCAGAAGAUGCAGACGCUCGAUGAGAUGCUCAGCUACUACUCCAAUUACAUCUCGGGCAAUGGCGGCGCGACAUUCAUGCUUGUGCUCGACAUUCAGAGCCCAGAGAUCUUUGAGAAGGCUGCCGACUCGGUCCGCAAGGCUGGUCUUGAGACCUCGGUCUACCUCAAGUUCUUUGCCACCUCGGCCAUCGACUCGAGCCAGUACACCUACAAGGGCGCCGAGACUUGCGCAGCUUACGCCCACUACAGCGGUCUUACCGGCCUCAGGAUCAUCCCUCAGAUCAAUAACGGCGAGAUCGUCAACAAAGGAGGCGAGGCCUACAUCAACGUCUUCCACACUCAGCUUAGCAUUCAGGACUACCUUGCCUGCUGGCGUGACGCUGAGCGCUACCGCGUGUCGGCCGACUUUACGCACGUCGCCGCCAGCGUCGCGCCCGGCGACCACGUCGCAACAGCCGGCGCCAUGAGUGCCCUUCAGUGGGCAAAGCAAAACGGAAGAGGCACCAUCUCGAUCCUACCGAACCCGGAUGCUUGCUCGGUGAACCGCGGCUCAAGCACCUACUGGUCGUUCCAGAGCAACAACGUCGCCGCCAAGCAGUUUGACAACAACGCUCGCAACGUCAAGCAGGACUUCAUCAACUCGAUGAACAAGUACAUCGACUAUGUUGUGGUUGACACCAUGGGCAACGUGGGCAGCCACACCUACUACACCGACUACGACGACUUCGUCUCUCACCUGUGCUGA